UUCCUCUUAAGAUAUCUGAAAGCCUUUGUGCCCACAGCUGCCCACGGCACAUUGUUUUGGGGCGACCGGAUUAGACCACGGCCUGUCUAUCUGCACAGACAACUUGCUUGACAGCUUCAUAUCACUUCUUCAAUUUGCGGUGCAGCUGGAAUGGUAGCACAUCAUGUGAGCUCCAUUUCAGUUUGAAAGAAAUCAGGAGAACCUCUGAUGGCACAACCACUAGCUGAACGAGCCUAGCCUGGCCCUUACACUUCACGUUGGCCCCAACAAACAUGGGGAUGGGGUCCUCAUGCCGCUUCCCCACGACAUGGGUGCUGUCCAAAUCCAGGCACCGAACUCGUGUCCAUUAUCUAAAAAAAGAUCCAGGCACUGAAAGCACAUCGUGACCGGCUCCGGCAAGAACCAAACACUCGACCCCAUCCUCAUCCAAAUCGUACUAGCAGAUGUGUCUUGCAACAUUGCACUCACCAUGCUCAUGGCCUUGUCCCUUGACCAACCAUUCCACAAGAGUAGUCAUCUGAGCUCUCUAUAUAUUCACAGUCAGGCGGCCUCCGAUCCGAACACCAUCACUUACAGCUUCACAAACAAAACAGAGCAAACUUAAGCAUCGCCUCUCCAGCUUCCAUCUCAAUUCUCAAGAAAGAAGAAGGAAAUAAGUGAGCAAUCAACCAUGAUCAGCACCAAGAGGAUUCCUCAGCUCGCCAAGAAGUGGCAGAGGAUGGCAGCGCUUGGGAGGAAGCGCCUCACCUGGCAAAAGGAAGCUGACGAGUGCUGCACCUCUGUGGCGAGCAAGGGCCACUGCGCAGUGUACACCGCCGAUGGGGCACGGUUCGAGGUGCCACUGGCGUGCCUUGGGACAGCAGUCUUCACGGAGCUCCUGCAGAUGUCGCGGGAGGAGUUCGGCUUUGGGGGUGGUGAUGGCAGGAUCACACUACCCUGUGACGCUGCGGUCAUGGAAUACGCCAUCUGUUUGCUCAGGAGGGGCAUCUCUGCGGAGGUGGAGAAGGCAUUCCUGAACACCAUGGUCAUGUCGUGCCACCAUAAAAACAGUGUGGCACCGUAUGUGUCAGCUUGCUGUUAGAGUUGCAGCUGUAUAAGUGGAUGUAUAUUGUAGUAUUCAUUAGUGUAGGUAGGAAGUAGGAUAAAGAGGGGUUAUUCAGAGCCUUCUGAGUUCUGAUCCUUCAUAAAGAUCAAGGAUGGUGGCUAGCAAGUUAGCGCCACUGUUCUUGUUCAAUGUACACAUCCUUUGUUGCACAAAUAAAUGACUUGUAACAAUUUGGGACAAUAAGUUUCGUCAGCACAAUUUUCUGAAACCAAUCCAAAAA